UCCAGGCGUUUUAAUUACCUGAGUAUCAUGUGGCACUAGACUGCUUGAGUUACGGAAUUUAUUCAAUCAGUAAAAGCGCGUGGGUGUAAAUAACGUAAAUGAAAGGCAAGAAGUAGGACACCUCACUUGGAUGGAGAUAAUGACACUGGCGAUUUUUAACUUGGAUAAAGGGAAAUGGCUCUGCCAACUCUGACAUCUCACUGGUCCAAUCGCAUUCAUACUCUGGAGGAAAGGAUUGCCCGGCAGCGUGAGCAGGAAGCACGGUUUAGGCAGCAGUGGGAACAGCAUUACAGAUAUUUUAAAGAUCAUGACGUGCGCAGCAGUAAGCAGGCACAGUGGAGCUCCAGGCAGUCCUAUCAAAAGAGUAUGUCUGCAUUCCAUCGUGAUCGAAUUAGAGAGGAAAAGAAAAGGAGCCUAGAAGAGCGCAGGGCCCGUCUCCGUGCUCUUUUGAAGGAAGAGUGUGACAUCUUGGAAGCUGAACUCCAAGACAUUUUACCUACUAGUGCCAGUCUAGCCAGGGAGAUGGAAUCUAAGACAGAGAGGCUGAAAUCUGCCAGAGAGGAGCGCAGGAAAAUGGUUGCUCAAGAACUGCUCCAGGAUCACUGGAGAAAGAAUAAUCCAGAGCUGCGGCAGGUGGAAUCAGAACUUCAUAAAAAUCAUGUAGUAGGCAAAUGGGUGACCCAAAUUGAGGACAAACGGCAGCAAGAUGAGCUGGAGCAAGAGGAGCAGAAAAGAUUUGAGAAUGAGUAUGAAAGAACUAGGAGGGAAGCUAUGGAGCGGAUGAAGCAAGAGGAGGAGUGGCGAAAGGAGAGCGAGAAACAGAGAGCAGAGGUUCUGGUGCAGCAGAUGGAGGAGCUCCGACUGAGAGAAGUGGAGGCAGAACAGCUGAAGAAGGAGGAGGCAAAUCUGGCUGCCCAGCAAAGGGAGAUUGAAGUCCUGGAGGAGGAGAGGAGACAGCUAGAGGAGCAAAGGAAAAAAUCUGAGCUUGGACGAUUUCUCACUCGUCAGUACCGAGCACAGCUUAAGCGAAGGGCUCAGCAGGUGCAAGAAGAGCUGGAGUCAGAUCAUUCUAUACUACAGGCACUUCUACGCAGAGAGCAAGAAGAAGUAAAGCUGCAUGCAGCACAGCGAGAGCGAGCCAUAGCUGACGCUGCUUGGAUGAAGCAAGUGAUUGAAGAGCAGUUGGCACUGGAGAAAGAACGGGAGGCUGAGUUUGACAUGCUGUACAGGGAGGAGGCCCAGAGAAUGUGGGAAAAGCGGGAGGCUGAAUGGGAGAAAGAAAGAAGAGCGAGAACACGUCUCAUGCAAGAGGUGAUGGCAGGUAGGCAUGAGCAACUGGAGGAGCGCAUGAAGAAGAAUCGGCAAGCUCAGGAGGAGUCUGUGCUGCGACGUGAAGAGCUUAUCAGACAGCUCGAACUAGAAAGGAGGAUGACUGCAAGAGAGAAAGUGAAGGAAGACGAGGUGAAGACUGCACGCAGACUGGAGCUGUCCGAGCAGAUUACUGAGCGAAACCGAAGGUACCACAAGGCCCUUAUUCAGAGAGCAGAGGAUGAGGAAGCAGAAAGAGAGGCAGAGAGGCACCACGAGGAAGAGGUGCGACAUGAGGCAGAAAGAAUGACUCGGCGAGGCUACCAGGAGAAGAUUUACAGUCGUCCAAAAACAGCAUGGAUAUGAU